GCUCAUUCCUGCUCCGUCUUCUCUCCCCACUACACCGUUCUCCAUCCACUUGUGUCACUAUGCUGGGCUCUGCAGGGACCCUGCUGCUGCUGCUUCUCGCCUGGGGGGCCAGAGGUUUAUCGCAGCCAGAUGACAACAGGAUGAUACUGGGUCACAACCAGGAUCUAAGUGCAAUACAAGAAGAUCUCCUCCUGAAGCUGCUCUCAGGAUGGACAGACAGCAGAGAAAGUAACUUAGUGGAGGUAGAAAGAAACGCGCCCGAACCCCUACAACCUAAAAUCGCCCCACCUGUGAAGUUCCCACGCCUGUCUCUGCGGGAACGAAAAGCUCCGUGCAAAAACUUCUUCUGGAAGACGUUCACUAUGUGCUAGUCAAUUGCUGUCUCUGGUUUUUUUUUUUUUAUUUAUAGAUUUGUGACAUUGAUAAAGUUUGUAAAUAACAUGACAUCACCCUGUGUGGGGAUUUGCUCAUUUCCAUUAAACUUAAGGAAUCAUUCAGCA